AUGCUGGCACUAGGUGGAGUUUUCCUGGCAGCUGCCCAGGCCUGUGUCUUCUGCCGCCUUCCAGAUCGCAACUUGCUGGGCCGCGUGGCUCAGCUCUGCAGCCAGAUGGAGGUCCAUUGGAAGGACUGUGAGGCCUCCUGGAACUUCUCAGCCUUCGCCUUAGAUGAAGUGACCAUGAACAAAAUCACAGAGAAGACUCACAGAGUCCUGAGGAUCAUGGAGAUCAAAGGGACUUUCUCCUUGCUCCCUUCAUAUUGGCAAUGGCUUCAAAAGACCAAGCUCCCAGAGUACAUCAGGGAAGCUCUUUGCGCUCCUGCCUGCCGGGGCAGCACCAUCCUGUACAACUGCUCCACCUGCGAGGGCACUGAGGUGUACUGUUGGCCCCGAAAGCGCUGUUUCCCAGGAUCUUUGGGAAGCCAGGAUUUUCCUCCUCUGUGUCUUGGGCACUGUCCUGCUCACAGGUGUUCUGAGCCUCGUGGUGGAGUGAGUUGGGGCAUAAGGGCAGGAAACAGCCUCACCACUUCCAAACCACCCACAAAAGAGUGA